GUCUUCACCGCUAGGAGCAAACCAUUAGGCCUUUAGUCCACGAAGCCGUCAUUCCCUCGAUCGAACUCAUCAGACUAGCUAAGUCUAAGUGGAGGCUGUGCCUAUCUGUAUAUCUUCUUACUCCUUCUGGAGUAUGCUGCUAUCUGUUGUUUGUUUCGCACAUCAUUCCUUGGACCUCUCUCUAGCAUCAACAUCAAGCUUGUCGACAAGAUGUUUAUCAGAAACACACUCAAUACCAAUCUCACUUUUUGGCGCAAGAGUAGGGGCUCUGCUUCCAGAGUCAAGUCACCUGCGGAUACAAAGCCUGUGAUCGAGUCCAACUCGCCAACCUUUGACGAUGUAACAUCCCCUCCUUCAUCUUCUAAGGCUCGCAAAUUUCGCUUCUUCUCCACUCUUACGCGCUUCAAAAAGAUGUCUCUGGCUAGCGUCUUCAAGAAGGGCCCUUCGGUCCAAAUACAUCCCACAGUGUUACCUUGUACAACUUCUGCCGUUCCAGACCUAUCCAGACAUAUCCUGGCUGUCUCUGAGGAUGGCGUCUUACAGCCUGUGAUGCCCUCGCCAGCUGAACAUUGGGAUGGCGGUGCAGAAUUUGGGCUUAUAUCUUCCGCUAUGGACAGAUCUUCAAACCAGGAGGAUAUAAAACCCGAUCCUCCUGGUAGUCGCAUAGCAGAUCGCGUUACCAGUCUGCGAAUGAGAACUGCCGCAGUUUGGGCCAGCAUUCCAGCCACCGUGGAAGGAAUACCAGCUUCAUGCGCAUCUAGCGCAACAUCUACUCCAGUCAAAUCCAAGGCGAAUUCCUUAGAGCAUGAUGAGACUACAACCGUCGCGUCUGCAACGGUGGACAGCCCAUCGUUUUCGUCACCUGCUACUUCUGUCACGGCCGUGUCAGAUUGGGGUCCGCGAGACUCUUUGGCCAAUCUCAGCAUGAUAGGUCACAAACAGGAGCGGAUACGCGUAAUGCCAAAGGUCUUCCCUGCGUUGGAUGUUAUCUCCCUUUCCCAGCCGCCAGAGCUGGGUUUGGCACACACUAAACCUCCAUCUAAAUGUCAGAAGUCCAAUGGGGAUAAACUCAACUAUACCCCCGAUACUCCUACGUCUGGUUGGGAGUCAUCCCCUGAGAUGCCAAGUAGCUCAUCAGGACAGCGUGCCAGUUCCCGUGCAGCUAGGCACCUGGACUCACCUUCUCCGAGUCCUCGAACAGCUCGUACUGUACCGAGCAUUGCCGGCUACCCCAUCACUACCAAGCGAUCCUUUCACAGGUUACCGGUCGUGCAACUUUUCACGAAUUCAGAUGAAAACCUCGCAACGUCCAGCAUCCGAGGCUCUCUUACUACUCUGUUCCAGAGACCGCUGGCAAUGGAUAUGCCCCUUCACCCAUGGUCGUGCGCUAAGAUCGCGCGUGCUGAAACUAAGCGAGCGUCUCGUAAGGAACAGUUGAACAAGAGGGGCUUCUUUACUCGCAUGUCUCGCUUCUUAGAGGCUGGUCCUCAAGACAGUAUUCCUGUCUCUCUCAAGAGGUAGAAACACUUACUCUGGACUACAUAAGAUUUCCAUUCAUCACUGUUACCUGUGUUUUUCAUUCUCAUUGUCACCCCAUUGUAUCAUCUUUCAUCGAUGCGCUCCGGAGUAUAUCAUCGGCCUAGUUUAUGAUACAUCGCACACAUAUCCAUUUCCAUACCUCGCAUAGUACUCAUCGUCACGUUCUCUCGCUCUCGUUCUCGAGUCAUUCGCUUUUUCGUUGCUUAACUUUGGAACAAAUCAUCAAAUCUGACAAUAGGAAAUUAUAUGUCUACUUCUGGUUCUGGUAGUGUAUACAUGUACAUCACUCUGUCUGUGAUUGUCGACUCUAAAUAUUCAGUACUGCAGCUAA